UGCCUUCUAGGCUCCACCCUUUGCAAAUAUUAUAAAUGGGUGCCUGGCGUGCUCUUUAACGGUGAGAGUGAGCGUGAGAUGUAGAGCAUUACUCAGAAUCUGAAGAAAAACUUGCUGCCAGAGAAGGACAUUUUGAAGGUUUGUUGGCUGGAAGAGGUGUCCCUGGAAUCACACUCCUACAUCUUUCUUGAAGAUUGGAAAAUUAAAUUAGGGCCAUGGGGACACAGAAGGUCACCGCACCUCUGGUCUUUGCCAUCGCCAUUGCUGCAAUAGGCUCUUUCCAGUUUGGCUACAACACUGGAGUCAUCAAUGCCCCUGAGAUGAUCAUAAAGGACUUUAUCAAUUACACUAUGGAAGAGAAGUUAGAAAACCCCCCCACUACAGUGUUUCUCACGACCCUCUGGUCCUUGUCGGUGGCCAUCUUCUCCAUUGGUGGUAUGAUUGGAUCCUUUUCCGUUGGACUCUUUGUCAACCGCUUUGGCAGGCGCAAUUCAAUGCUUAUUGUCAAUCUAUUGGCUAUCACUGGUGGCUGCCUUAUGGGAUUUUGCAAAAUAGCAGAGUCAAUUGAGAUGCUGAUCCUGGGCCGGUUGGUUAUUGGCCUCUUCUGCGGACUCUGUACAGGCUUUGUGCCCAUGUACAUUGGAGAGAUAGCUCCUACUGCCCUGCGGGGGGCCUUUGGCACUCUCAACCAGCUGGGAAUCGUCAUCGGGAUUCUGGUGGCCCAGAUCUUUGGUCUGAAAGUCAUCUUGGGAACUGAAGAUCUUUGGCCUGUGCUGUUGGGAUUCACCAUCCUUCCAGCUCUCCUACAAAGUGCAGCCCUUCCAUUUUGCCCUGAAAGUCCUAGAUUCUUGCUCAUCAACAGAAAGGAAGAGGAAAAUGCUAAGAAGAUCCUCCAGCGAUUGUGGGGUACCCAGGAUGUGGCUCAGGACAUCCAGGAGAUGAAAGAUGAGAGUGCUAGGAUGGCACAAGAAAAGAAAGUCACUCUGCUGGAGCUCUUCAGAGUACGCAGCUACCAACAGCCCCUCAUGAUUUCCAUCAUGCUCCAGCUCUCCCAGCAGCUCUCUGGAAUCAAUGCUGUGUUCUACUACUCAACAGGAAUCUUCAAAGAUGCGGGUGUUAAGGAGCCGAUCUAUGCCACCAUUGGUGCGGGUGUGGUUAAUACGAUCUUCACUGUAGUUUCUCUGUUUCUGGUGGAAAAGGCAGGAAGGAGGACUCUACAUAUGAUUGGCCUUGGAGGGAUGGCUGCUUGUUCCAUCCUUAUGACUGUUUCUUUGUUAUUAAAGGAUGCCUAUAAGUGGAUGAGCUUUGUCUGUAUUGGGGCUAUCUUGGUCUUCGUGGCGUUCUUUGAAAUUGGCCCAGGCCCCAUUCCCUGGUUUAUUGUGGCUGAACUCUUUAGCCAGGGUCCCCGCCCAGCUGCAAUGGCAGUGGCUGGUUGUUCCAACUGGACCUCCAACUUUUUGGUUGGACUCCUCUUCCCCUCUGCUGCAUUCUAUUUAGGAGCCUACGUUUUUAUUGUCUUCACUGGCUUCCUUGUGAUCUUCUUGGUCUUCACCUUCUUCAAAGUCCCUGAGACCCGUGGAAGAACUUUUGAGGAAAUUACACGAGCCUUUGAAAGGCAGGCACAGGGAGCUAACAGAGCUGAGAAAGGCCCCAUCGUGGAGAUGAACAGCAUCCAGCCUGUCAAGGAGACCGACACCAAUGUCUAAGUCAUGCCUCCUUCUCACCUCCCUCUCAACAUUAAAAAGUAACCUCUCCCUGAAUAAGGGAGAGAACUCAUCAGGUUGUAACCCAGGACUGUUUCUGAAUGCUGCUACUUGAUUCUUUUCUCAUUCCCACACUCCAUGAGAGCUCAGAGGAACCCAAUGCUGUGGUUUGUUGUAUCUUCAAUUGCUUUUUAAACAUUUCAUUUCUUGGACAUUCUCUUCUGUUUAGGAGAGACCAAGUGAACCUAUCUUCAUUUCUGGAGGGAUUGGCACUUGGCAUUUGACAACUUUGCCAGUUCUUCCUCCCUUAAGUUCUAAUAUUGCUUCAUGAGGGCAAACAGGGGAGUAAGAAUAAGAUGCAGUUCCCCCAACAUCAAACUCACCAGGAAACAGACAUACAUAAGAGUGUGGAGGGCAGAGAAGGAUUACGUAAGUGCAUCUUCCUCACUUCCGUAUAGCUCGGCAGAGCAAAUUAACUUGAGUUUUAUUUAUUUUAUCUUCCGGUUUUAUUGCAUAAAUAUUUAUUUUUUUAAGUGUAAAGUAAUUUUUACCAAAUAAUGAAAACAUAAGGACAUUGAGGUUAGAGGGAGGUACUUAAAGAGUUUAUAGGGUGGAAGAUUUGAUACUGGAGAGGUUAUGGUAUAAUAAGAAAGGAAGAAUUUAGGCAGAAAUGUAAUGCAUUAUUGGCAGGUAUAUGAUGUGGUGUGUGAGGUAUGCAUGUUGCCUCUUAACAAUUUCUGUCCUUCAGAUGGAAACUCUCAAGGUCAAUUUCUCAGAAAAGUCAUGUGCCUGUGUAAAGAAGCUACUGGUUUCUUUUGGAACUUUUUUAUUUGUUUAAGAUUAUAUGUAGUAUUACUUGAAAUCUAGGAUUAUUACUAAGGUGGAUUUGUAGUUAGUGGUGGUUAAUUGGUUCUAAUUUUGGAUGGAGUCCAGAGAAGGGCAAGUUAUUUGUAGAAAUCAGUCUUCUUUUCCCGCCCUGGACCAAACAACUUCCUCUUGUAGUAGACUCAUUUUUUUUUUAAGUGCUCCUACCACCCUCCAGAUGAGCAACCUAAAAUAUUGGUUCUUGGUAAAAGUUUGGUAUUUCUCCAUUUUGUUUUUCAGGAGAUUUUAGGUGUUGCUUUUUAUUUUGUUUUAAGCCAUAGCUUUAAAAGAAUUCAGAGGAGAGUAUUCAUAGCUAACUUGGAAUUUGUAACCUCAGCCCUGGGAGUGGAUUUUUUUCUGAAUGAUUAUUAUCUAGUUGAUGUAUGUUGUUGCUGUAGGGUCAGCGCAUGCCUGAUUUUGUCUGUUACCAUGUCAAGUUACCAUGUUACUAUAGUAUUAUGUCAAGUGCCCUUAAGGGACUUGAAUCUUUCCCAUAGACCACGUUCGAGAUAGUCUGAAUAAAUGUGCAGUGUAGCCCCCACCUAGGAGUAUGAAUGUAUAUGCAUUGUCACUUCGCUCUGGGUGCAGGUAGUAUGUUGGUAACUUGUUUCCUCUAUGGUCGUUCCUACAGCCACCGUUUGCAUAGAGUGUGUUAAAACUCAUCCCUAUGUAUAUAUAAGGAACACUGCCUCUGUUGGGUGGAAUUUGCAUCUAUGGCUUUCUUCCUAACAUGUAGAGGACUCCUUAUCACUCCAGACUCAAUGGAA